AUGGGGCCAGACGACGGACCGGGUACGGUUGUAGCCUGGAGGAAAGUACUGUGGGAGCGUCAGCCCUUCCCCGACAACUACGUAGACCAGCGCUUCCUGGAGGAGUUGCGUAGGAACGUGGGUGUCCGCCAGUACCGCUACUGGGCUGUGGUGCGAGAGGCAGGUCUGGUAGGGCAGCAGCUUUCCUGCGUGGCCAUUUUCAUCACACUCUGGCUCUACAUGGAAGAGGGCCUCCUGUCCCCAGGCACCCUCCUGGUUGUCAGCCUAGCUACCUCGCUAAUGGGCUAUGGACUGUACCAAGCCCUCGCGUCGCGAGUGGAACCUGUUCUCUCACAUCGGACCUGUCUGGCCGAUUUACAGAGCGCCACCAUUUACCUCGCGUUCAUCUUUGGCUUCUCACCAGUCUUAAAGACACUAACGGAGUCUGUGAGCACAGACACGGUGUACGCAAUGUCAGCCCUUAUGCUUUUGGCUCACUUGGUCUCCUUCCCGUAUGCCCAUCCCUCACCUCCGGGCAGUCUGUCCCUCAACGUGGCCCUAUUCGCGUCCGUCUGUCUGGCUUCCCGCCUCCCAGACGCACUGGACACUUUCACUAUGCUCAGCUGCGCUCUUAUGAUCUUUGCACUAUGGCCCUGCCUGCUGAGGAGGGUGAAGGACAGAGCCCCAUGCCACUUCGCUGUGGUGUGCGCGGGGGUGUGUGUGGCAGGCGUGGGUGGCCUGGCGUCUCGUUGGCCGGGAGGGGCGGUCCUUCUGGCGCUGGCAUUGGUCUGCGUGAUGCUACUUUGCCCUUGGCUGCUGGUUCGGUUACAGAGGCAUAAGGACAAUAUCCACGGGCCAUGGGAUGAGGCAGAGAUCCACGAGGACCUUAGUCGCUUCCUCCACUGA